AUGGCUUUCCAUGUGGAAGGACUAGUAGCUAUCAUCCUGUUCUACCUUCUGAUAUUGGCCGUUGGAAUAUGGGCUGCCUGGAAAACCAAAAACAGCGGCAGCGCAGAGGAGCGCAGGGAAGCCAUCAUAGUUGGUGGCCGAGACAUCGGCCUGCUGGUGGGCGGCUUCACCAUGACAGCCACCUGGGUUGGAGGAGGUUACAUCAAUGGGACAGCUGAAGCAGUGUAUGUACCAGAUUAUGGUCUAGCUUGGGCUCAGGCACCAAUUGGAUAUUCUCUCAGUCUGAUUUUAGGUGGUCUGUUUUUUGCAAAACCUAUGCGUUCCAGGGGCUAUGUGACCAUGUUAGACCCAUUUCAGCAGAUCUAUGGCAAACGCAUGGGCGGCCUCCUAUUUAUUCCUGCACUAAUGGGAGAAAUGUUCUGGGCAGCAGCCAUCUUCUCUGCCUUAGGAGCCACUAUCAGUGUGAUUAUUGACGUCAAUGUACAUAUUUCUGUCAUCGUUUCUGCACUCAUUGCCAUUCUGUACACCUUGGUGGGCGGUCUCUAUUCUGUGGCCUACACAGACGUUGUACAGCUCUUUUGUAUUUUCAUAGGACUGUGGAUCAGCGUCCCUUUCGCACUGUCACAUCCUGCAGUUACAGACAUUGGGUUUACGUCUACACAUGCCAAAUACCAGGCUCCUUGGCUGGGCACUAUUGAAUCAUUUGAAGUCUACACCUGGCUUGACAGUUUUCUGUUGUUGAUGUUGGGUGGAAUCCCAUGGCAAGCCUACUUCCAGAGAGUCCUCUCUUCAUCCUCAGCCACCUACGCUCAGGUGCUAUCCUUCCUGGCAGCUUUUGGAUGCCUGGUGAUGGCUAUACCAUCUAUACUCAUCGGGGCCAUUGGAGCGUCAACAGACUGGAACCAGACUGCAUAUGGGAUGCCAGAUCCCAAAAGCAAUGAAGAAGCAGACAUGAUUUUACCAAUUGUUCUGCAGUAUCUUUGCCCUGUGUACAUUUCUUUCUUCGGUCUUGGUGCAGUUUCUGCUGCUGUUAUGUCAUCAGCAGAUUCUUCUAUCUUGUCAGCAAGUUCAAUGUUUGCUCGAAACAUCUACCAGCUCUCAUUCAGACAAAAUGCAUCAGACAGAGAAAUCGUGUGGGUCAUGCGAAUCACAGUGUUUGUGUUUGGAGCUUCUGCAACAGCUAUGGCACUGCUCACAAAGACCGUUUACGGGCUCUGGUACCUCAGCUCAGACCUCGUGUACAUCAUCAUCUUCCCGCAGCUUCUCUGUGUGCUCUUCGUCAAGGGAACCAACACGUAUGGAGCUGCUGCAGGUUAUGUUUCUGGCCUCUUCCUGAGAAUAACUGGCGGGGAGCCAUAUCUGUACCUGCAGCCCUUGUUCUUUUAUCCCGGCUAUUACUCUGAUAAGAAUGGCAUAUUCAAUCAGAGAUUCCCCUUUAAAACUCUGGCCAUGGUGACCUCAUUCUUAACCAACAUUGGCAUUUCUUAUCUAGCCAAAUAUCUAUUUGAAAGUGGAACCUUGCCACCAAAAUUAGAUGUAUUUGAUGCUGUUGUUGCAAGGCAUAGUGAAGAAAACAUGGAUAAGACCAUUCUGGUCAAAAAUGAAAAUAUUAAAUUAGAUGAACUUACACCUGUGAAGCCCCGACAGAGCAUAACUCGCAGCUCAACUUUCACCAACAAGGAGGCUUUCCUUCACAUGGAUUCCAGUCCUGAAGGGUCUGGGGCUGAGGAUAAUUUACAAUAG